AAAGUGCUGAAGCUAACUUCACACAGCAUUUGGCUAUCAUUUUCUUCUGUUUAACAGUUUUCACCAGGAUUUGUACAACACGGGACUAUUUUGAAAUCAUAACAAUUCCUUUCACAAUAGUCCCACAGGCGUUGUGAGUCUGGCAAGCGAGGCUACUUUGACACAAGCUUCAACGUAUCUUUAUAGUAUCAUCAGUUGUUUUUGGACUAUUUGGGCUGUGGACUGUCCAAUUCACCGUCUUGAGUCACUCUGACUGCCUGGACCAUUUAACGUCUUUCGAAACAGUUUUUGGAGACUAUUCUACCCUAGGACUACCCUACCUCUCAUUGCCAUGGCGAACAGCUGUCUCCAGCUCAGCGGUUUUGUGAUGGGUUGUAUCGGCUGGGUCGGGAUCCUUAUCGCCACGGCCACCAACGACUGGGUAGUGACAUGUAAAUAUGGCAUGAACACCUGCAAGAAGAUGGACGAGUUAGGAGCCAAGGGCCUGUGGGCUGAAUGUGUCAUUUCAACCGCCCUCUAUCACUGUAUAUCACUGACACAGAUAUUGGACCUACCGGCAUACAUCCAGACGUCGAGGGCGUUGAUGAUAACUGGAUCCCUCAUGGGGCUGCCUGCAGUGGGGAUGGUCCUAACAGCCAUGCCCUGCAUCUCUCUGGGUGAUGAGCCUCAGUCAGCCAAGAACAAACGAUCCCUACUUGGGGGAGUUCUCAUACUGCUAGUGGCUCUUUGUGGGGGGGUGUCCACAGUAUGGUUUCCUAUCGGAGCCCACCAGGACCAGGGACUCAUGUCGUUUGGGUUCAGCCUGUACGCUGGCUGGGUGGGCACGGCCUUCUGUCUCCUGGGAGGGGCCAUGAUCACCUGCUGUUCUACUGAACCGUCCCAACACUACAAUCACCAUGACAACAACAGGUUCUACUACUCCAAAGGACAGGGGCCUGGUAACCCUGUUCCACCCUCCACUAACCACGCCAAGAGUGCCCAUGUUUAGACACACAUGAAGUACAUGCAUGCACACACACACACCAGUGGAGAGUAACUCAGAGCGGCGUCUAACCUGGUGCCUGAAGAGAAACCAAGGGGUCCUGAUCAGGACAACCCUGCUCUGAUGAAGGACUUAUUUUCAUCUCUUUUGUUAUACAAUGAAGGCUAGGUUUAGGGUUCUUUGUUCUACAAUGAAGGCUAGGGUUAGGGUUAGGGUUCUUUGUUCUACAAUGAAGGCUAGGGUUAGGGUUCGGGUUCUUUGUUCUACAAUGAAGGCUAGGGUUAGGGUUAGGGUUCUUUGUUCUAUAAUGAAGGCUAGGGUUAGGGUUAGGGUUCUUUGUUCUACAAUGAAGGCUAGGGUUAGGGUUAGGGUUCUUUGUUCUACAAUGAAGGCUAGGGUUAGGGUUCUUUGUUCUACAAUGAAGGCUAGGGUUAGGGUUAGGAUUCUUUGUUCUACAAUGAAGGUUAGGGUUAGGGUUAGGGUUCUUUGUUCUACAAUGAAGGCUAGGGUUAAGGUUAGGGUUCUUUGUUCUACAAUGAAGGCUAGGGUUAGGAUUAUGGUUCUUUAUUUUACAAUGAAGGACAACUGUGGAUGGAAAGUACUGUACACCUAUCAGUGCAUUUUAUAGAAAAUAAGCGUACCUUUUUUAAUAAAGACUGUCAUGAUUUGUAGUUUUUUGAUAAAUA